GCCUGCGGAGCUGGAGCGAGCUGGGCCGGCCAUGGGGACGGCGCUCGUCUACCACGAGGCCAUGACCGCGGCCAGGCUGCUGUGGGACGACCCCGAGUGCGCGAUCGAGCGUCCCGAGCGCCUGGCCGCCGUCCUGGAGCGCCUGCGGGAGCGGGGCCUGGAGCAGCGGUGCCUCGGCCUGCAAGCCCGCGAGGCCUCGGAGGCCGAGCUGCACCUGGUGCACAGUCCCGAGUACGUGGCUCUCGUGCGGGGGACCCAGGCCUUGGACACCCCGGAGCUGCGAGCGCUCUCGGCAAAGUUUGACGCCGUCUACUUCCACCCGGCGACCUUCCAUUGUGCCAGGCUGGCCGUGGGUGCUGCGCUGCAGCUGGUGGACGCUGUGCUGACCGGAACUGUUCGCAACGGCCUGGCCCUGGUGAGGCCGCCUGGGCACCACAGCCAGCGAGCCGCUGCCAACGGAUUCUGUGUGUUCAACAACGUGGCCAUAGCAGCCAGACACGCCAUGCAGACCCACGGCGUGCGCAGGGUCCUCAUUGUGGACUGGGACAUUCACCAUGGCCAAGGCACCCAGUAUAUCUUCGAAGAUGACCCCAGCGUCCUUUACUUCUCCUGGCACCGCUAUGAAUUUGGGCGUUUCUGGCCUCACCUGAGGGAGUCGGAUGUGGAUUCCGUGGGGAGGGGGCUAGGCCGUGGCUUCACGGUGAACCUGCCCUGGAACCAGGUGGGUUUGGGGAAUGCUGACUACGUGGCUGCCUUCCUGCAUGUGCUGCUCCCGCUGGCUUUUGAGUUCAAUCCUGAGCUGAUUCUCAUCUCUGCAGGAUUCGACUCCGCCAUUGGGGACCCUGAGGGGCAGAUGCAGGCCACCCCCGAGUGCUUCGCACACCUCACCCAGUUGUUGCAGCCGCUGGCCAGAGGCAGGAUCUGCGCUGUCCUGGAGGGUGGCUACCACCUGGAGUCUCUGGCACAAUCCGUUUGCAUGACGCUGCAGGCACUGCUGGGGGACCCUGCCCCACCCUUGUCUGGGAACAUGGAACCGCACUGCAGCGCCCUGGAGUCCAUCGAGAGGGUGAGGGCCUCGCACGCCCCUCACUGGGCCAGCAUCCAGGCCGAAGGUCAGGGGGCCUCAGCCCAGCCGGAGGACAGCGUCGUGGGCCGAGAGCCCAACUGUCCCCUAGAGCCAAUUGCUCCGCUGGGUCCCCACCCCUGCUCCCCGCCGCCAAAUCCCUUACCUCUGCUGCCUGGGGACCCUGAGUUCAAGGAGACUGAAGCUUCGACAGAAGCCACCCUGAGUUCCCUCCGGAACCAGCUCCACUUCCAUCUGCUGCCACCUGUUCGUGUGGCUGCUGUCCUGGCUGUGUCGGAUGCCACCCUGGACCUGCCCCCUGAUGUCCUUUGUCAGGAGGACUCAGCCCCAGCAGAGGAGACACAGACCUGGGCCAGGCGACACGCGGCACUGGCCCAGGACAUGGCCUUGGGGACCCUAGGGAAGCUUCUGUGCUUACUGGACUGGAUUCGGGCUGAGCAGGUCAGCAGUGGUUUCGCAGCUAUCCCGGGUCCUGCUCUGGUGGCUACCCUGGACGUUGCUGUCCGUUCCAGUCUGGCCCAUGGAUCCCAGAGGCUGCUCUGUGUGACGGGGGAACAGUUGGAUCGGCCCCUGGACCUUGCUGAUGACGGGAGGACUCUGUGGCUGCAACUUGGGGCCGAGGAGGCGGCUGUUCCAUCCAUGUUCCACGUCUCCAUACCAAUGCCAGAGACGGCUGGUGGAUUCCUGAGUUACCUCUUUACCCUGGUGCUGCCGCUGGCCUAUAGUUUCCGGCCUGACUUGGUGCUGGUGGUGCUGGGGCCAGCACAUGGCCUGCAGGCCCCGCAAGCCGCUCUCCUGGUCGCAUUGCUGCAGGGGCCUGUGGGGGGCAGAGUUGUGGUCCUGAUGGAAGAGGUCUCCACAGCCCAGCUGGCCGGGGUUCUGGCUCGGGUGCUGCGUGGAGACUCACCCCCCAGCCUGGGCCCCUUCUCCGCGCCCUCCCCUGAGGACACGCAGGCCCUGAAGGGCCUGAGACAGCAGCUGGAGCCACAGUGGAAGAUGCUGCAGGUGGCGGCUCCCGUGAAGCGUUGAGAACAGGUGGUUUGAAAUGGGUCCCGUGGGAGUCGCUUUACGGGCUCAGAAGCUGAGUCUACUGUGCAGUGCGCCUGGGCUCAGGCCACCCAGGGGACAAGUCAGGUUGCUGUGCCCAAGGCAACUGCCUGGAGCCCACCACCAGAGACUUUCUUGCAGGAAAGGUGGGCCUCGCUCCUUCUUCUUCAUCAAUAAACGGUGUGACGCCAAA